CCGAACUCAUUAUGGCCGAAGCUUCACACUGACAUUGAAUUCGACGCCACAACGAAAAAAGAGGAGGAAUGAACUAAUGCACGUGCGGGGCAGUCGCGCCGACUGGAAAUUUAGACAUGCACAUGCACAUGUAGGAAAAGGGUACCUGCGUCGGGGAACUCCAGCCACCAGCCCACGGAGUUUGAGCGCAUGGAGGCGAUAAAAUACUUUGGAAUUCCGGAAGAAGAGGUGUUGAAGGCGGGUAUUUAUAUGCUCCUUGAAGCAGGGUGUAUCGACUCAUUCUGGAAGGUUAUUCAUAACGAACGAGCAUGUAAUGUUUCAUGGGAAGAAGGGUCCGUUUUCACUUGUGGAGGACAAGAAAAUUUGGUUUUUUAAUGAGAUUCUCGAUAUAGACAAAGACGAGAAACAUAUUCGCAUGAUCACAACCAAUAACAAAAAAUAUAAUUUUGGUUCUCUUGGGGAGUAUUUGGAUCGGUGUUACCAUGUGUUGCAACGAACGCUGUUUGGCGUACUUGGAAACAGCGCAUUACACGUGGCGGUGGACGAGCGAAACUACGAGCGAGUGAGUCAAAUUUUAGAUCAUGACGUGACCAAGAUUCAUGUGUUUAACAGCGUGCAGCAAUCACCAUUGCACUUGGCGUUUUACAAGAAUGACGUGGAGAUGGUGAAGUUAAUAUUGAAGUAUUACUUGGAUAACCAGGACAAGAUAGACAUUAAUUUCUUGUCUCCCAAGACUGAGAACACCUCUUUGCAUGUGGCAUGCAGCAUUUCGACGAUUUGCGACGAGAUUUUGGACAUGUUGUUGAAUAUGCCGACCAUAUGCGUGGAGGCGUUGAAUGCGGAUGCGAAUACGCCACUGCACUUUUUUUGCCAGAACAACCAUUCACUGAACUGCAAGAAGUUGGGGAGCAUGAUGAUCAGUCUGGCGGAAAACAAGGCGGAGUAUUUGGCUCAGUACAACCGGAACAAGGAGACGGCGAUGCACAAGGCGGUUUUCAACAAGAAGUUUCGUCUUUUCAUGGUUAGCAUGUUGGUGAAGCACCACGCCGCGAUUGAUAUGAGGAACGAGCAGAAUGAGACCCCGCUGCAUUAUGCAGUGCGCCUAGGGAGGGAGGAUUUGUGCUAUGCGUUGUUGGAGGCGGGGGCGGAUCCAUCGCUGAAGACGGCGAACGGAUCUACUGCGCUGGACAUUGCGCGCCGGACGCUGAGCGAGGACAUGAAUAGUCAUUCCGCUAGGGCGAUCGUUCGUCUUUUGAAGCAGGUAGAGGAGUUGAGGUUGCUGUUGCAGGAAUGUGGUUUGCUGGAUUAUGCGAAACAGUUCAUAAUUAAUGGGUGGUACGAUCCGGCGCGUUUGGUCUCGUUGAACGAACAGACGUUGAAGGAGCACUUGAUGGUUUUCAAAUUAGGGCCUCAGAUUCAAUUGUUUAAGAGGAUAGAGCAGAUGAAAGCUCGGUGGGAGCAGGAGGAGCAAGCAAAGCAGUUGCAAAGGCAAACGGAGGAGAAGGGCACACAGAAAAGGGGUAUAACGAGACCGGCUGCGGGGAGUAUCAGUUUGGUAGCGAAAGAAAGGAAUCCUGGAGCGACGCAUGAGGUGAAGUUGAGUCGCGCGAAAAACAGACAACAGAUAGGUCUAGCUCAAUCACCUAAUCGUAAGCAGAGAUACUCACUGGUACCUCCAAUCAGGCCAAAGCAAGCGGCCUUGGUGUUGCCGGAGAGCUCAUUGUCUUCGUCCGAGAACAUUGAACAAGUUCGGACCGAGUUGGGCUUGGCAGAGGGCGAUUGGGAGAUAGACGGGAACGAUUUAGAAUUUACAAAGAAGCUGGGUUCCGGAACUAGCGGACAAGUGUAUAGAGGUCUGUUUAAGGGCAAGGAAGUAGCAAUUAAGGUCCUUACGGCAGUAGAGGUUUCAGAGCAAUUGGACGAAUUCCGAAAAGAACUGACGAUUUUGACCAAGCUUCAUUCUCCUUUUAUGGUCACUUUUUACGGUGCCUCGAUUGAGCCUAAUCUUACCAUGGUUUUUGAGUAUUGUCCUCGUGGUUCUCUUUAUCAUGUGUUGAACAAUAAGCAGCUUGACCUCAGCUGGGACUUGGCAUUGACAUUUUGCCUGGAAAUGGCAUGUGGCAUGCAGGUGCUGCACUCGUUUUCUCCUUCUCCUAUUGUCCAUCGCGACCUAAAAUCCCUUAAUUUGCUCGUUACCUCGGAUUGGCAUUUGAAGGUCUGUGAUUUCGGUUUGUCCCGCGUUCUGGGUAGUAGAAAUUUAGAGACGUUCAAAAAACUCUGCGGCACCUUUGCAUAUUGCGCUCCUGAGAUCUUCAAUGGAGGUACCUUCACCGUUCGAAGCGACGUCUAUUCCAUGGGCAUUGUCCUCUGGGAGAUUGUCAAUCGCACGGUCAAGAGAGCUUAUGCUUCUCCCUUUUCCGAGUUUAAAAAUCUCAAUUAUGACUUUCAGAUCAUCGUCCAGGCUAGUCAGGGUCUGCGUCCUACGAUCCCCAGCAAGCUCCCGGAAAACUUCAAGACCCUUAUUUCUCGAUGCAUUGACGAGCGCGUCGAGGCCAGGCCUACCACUAAACAGGUUGUAGAUAUGCUUGCGAGCUUGAGACAAGACUACCUUCGGAAUCCUCAGCCCUGGCUAGCGUGUAUAGAAGGCGAACCCCCCUCCUAG